CUAUCGGGAUCUUUCUUCUAAAUUCUUUUUGUCAGUAUUAUUCAAACAGAUUCUUCACAUUUGUUAGUUGUAAUGUCUGAUAAAUCUAACUCUAACACCUCCAACAGCUUAUGAAUUACUUCCACUACUCCAUCUCAGGGUUAAUACCAAAGCAUUUUUUCUAUAUAUAUCAAGUACCCUCGAACUCUGAUUCCACCAAGAUAGCUCAAUUUGCCGGCCAGAGAUGGGUUCAGUGGGAGCAAAGAAACCCCAUGCAGUAUGUGUCCCAUACCCCUCACAAGGGCAUGUGACCCCCAUGAUGCACUUUGCCAAGCUCCUGCACUCCAAGGGUUUCCACGUAACCUUUGUCAACACUGAGUUCAACCACAUGCGCUUAAUCCGGUCCAAAGGACCCGACCAUCUGAAGGGCCUGCCGGAUUUCAGGUUCGAAACAAUCCCGGACGGGAUGCCGCCCUCUGACCGCGAUGCAACUCAAGAAGUCCCGGCCCUGUGUGACUCAACAAGAAAGAACUGCUUGGCCCCCUUCAAAGAGCUUGUACUUAAGCUCAACUCUCUAAAGUCUGAUGAAGUGCCUCCGGUUAGUUGCAUAGUAUCAGAUGGGGUUAUGGGUUUUGGAAGUAAAGUUGCUCAAGAAUUAGGCAUCCCGGAGGCUCAACUCUGGACUGCCUCAGCUUGUGGCUUUAUGGGAUAUCUUACCUUUACUGAACUCAUCAAGAGAGGAAUCAUUCCUUUCAAAGACGAAACCUUCAAAGAUGACGGGACGCUUGACACACCAAUCAACUGGAUCCCAGGCAUGAAAAACAUCCGGCUCAAGGACCUCCCUAGCUUCAUUAGAACCACCGACAUCACGGAAACCAUGUUCGACUUUAUGGGAUCAGAAGCACGAAAUUGCUUGAAUUCUGCAGCUAUCAUCUUCAACACAUUUGAUGAGUUUGAAUAUGAAGUACUCGAGGCAAUUUCGACCAAAUUCCCUCGCAAUAUUUACAACAUAGGUCCGCUUAACCUGCUAAGCCGGCAUGUUCCUGAUAGCCAAUUCAAGUCUCUAAGUGCGAGCUUAUGGAAAGAAGACACGAAAUGCCUCCAAUGGCUUGACAAAAGAGAACCCAAUUCAGUUGUUUAUGUGAAUUAUGGCAGCGUGACUGUUAUGACCGAACAACAUCUAAAGGAGUUUGCAUGGGGGCUUGCAAAUAGCAAGCACCCUUUUUUGUGGAUUGUUAGGCCUGAUGUAGUGAUGGGAGACUCGGCAAUGUUGCCUGAAGAAUUCUUUGAGGAGACAAAAGACAGGGGAUUGAUAGCAAGCUGGUGCCCCCAAGAACAAGUGCUAGCACACCCAGCAGUGGGCGUUUUCCUGACACAUUGUGGGUGGAAUUCUACUUUGGAAAGUGUUUGUUGCGGUGUGCCUCUUAUUUGCUGGCCAUUUUUCGCAGAUCAACAACCGAAUUGUCGGUAUGUCUGCACCACAUGGGGGAUUGGCAUGGAGGUAAACCAAGAUGUAAAACGUGAUGAGAUCGAAGCACUGGUAAAGGAAAUGAUGGGAGGGGUUAAGGGGAAGGAGAUGAGGCAAAAGGCAUUAGAAUGGAAGAAGAAAGCAGAGGAAGCUACUGAUGUUGGAGGCUCAUCUUACAACAAUUUUGAAAGAUUGAUUAAGGAGGCUCUGCAUUGGCCAUACAGCGAGUGAAUGUCAAAAAUAUUAAUGUUUUGCUAUUAUGGUUACAGCUCUGUUAUGCAAUGCUGUGUUCUAUCUAUGAUCUGUAAUUGAUGGACAUUGUUUUUUGGAUUGACUUAUAUUGUGUGUAGUGAAA